CAACCGUUUAGAUCAGAAAGUGUUUGACUGACUGACUCUCUGGCUGGACGCACAGAUAGCCAGUCCUGCUGCAUCGUCAGCUAUCCUUCAGUUUCUGCAAUGGCCGGGAUCGGUCCUUAGUGAUUUUACUGCCUUGACUCACCACAUGAACCUUUUACAGCGGGAAUCCACCUAAAGCUUUUGGAGUUUUCUUGUGAACCGUCAAGGAGGACUAGAGACAUAUUUCAAGCCAGGACAGGAUACUGAACAGGGACCUAAAGGGAAUCAGGUGGGACCCACCAGUGACUCGCGACCCACCUGUUUGGGAAUCAUUAAUUGACUGGACGUAAGGCAGGAUCUUGGGUCACCAGGCCUAUCUCUUCACGCCUCUCUUUCCUUCAGCCCGUGGAGUAACUGGGCCUCAGGAUGGAGUGCAUAAAACACAUUAUAAAGAGCAUGGUCUCUGUGAAGGUUUGGGCGUACAUCAAGGGCUACUGUAAACGCAACGGGCUGCUGACGCUCUCGGUCAUCGCCGUGGUUUCUGGCUGUGUGCUCGGCUUCUCCCUCCGCAGCUUCAACCUCUCCACGCAGGCUAAGAUCUACUUCUCAUUCCCUGGAGAACUGCUGAUGAGGAUGUUGAAGAUGCUGAUCCUGCCUCUCAUCACGUCCAGUCUGAUGUCAGGGCUGUCAGCCAUGGACACUAAGGCCAGCGGGCGGCUGGGGGUGCUAACCAUCACCUACUACCUGUGGACCACCUUCAUCGCUGUCAUCGUCGGCAUCAUCCUGGUGCUGGUCAUCCACCCUGGUACGGGCACAGAGAAGGACGGGCACAGAGGAGGGUCAGGGCCCGUUAUGACUUCUGCUGACGCUCUGUUGGACCUCAUCCGGAAUAUGAUUCCCUCCAAUCUGAUAGAGGCAACCUUUCAACAGUACCGUACAGACCUGGUGCCCAUAGUGGCCUCCAGUGUGGUGGAGUCCCAGGCUAACUACGUCUACGUGAUGCCCGACCACAACAACCCUCAGCUGGGCCACCCUGUCUUCCUGGAGAUCACCCCAGCUCCAGACAUCAAGUACAAGAUCGUCCCUGGCCACAGCUCUGGCAUGAACGUACUGGGGAUUGUCAUCUUCUCUGCUACUAUGGGCCUGCUCCUGGGGAAGAUGGGCGAGAGAGGCGCUCCAUUGGUCAAUGUGUGUCAGUGUGUCAACGAGUGUGUUAUGAAGAUCAUCAACGCUGCCAUGUGGUAUUUCCCUUUCGGCAUUGUGUUCCUGGUAGCAGGGAAGAUCCUGGACAUGCAUGACCCCGCCCACCUGGGAGAGAAGCUGGGGAUGUACUUCAUCACAGUGUUAGCCGGCCUGUUUGUCCACGGACUCAUCCUGCUGCCGCUCUUCUACUUUGUAAUCACACGCAAAAACCCCUUCACCUACAUCAGAGGCCUGCUACAGGCUCUGGUCAUCGCCCUGGCAACCUCCUCCAGUUCCGCCACCCUGCCCAUCACCAUGAAGUGUCUGUUGGAGAACUGUGGAGUGGACAGACAGAUCGCCAGGUUUGUCCUUCCAGUGGGAGCCACCAUCAACAUGGACGGGACAGCCCUCUACGAGGCCGUGGCAGCCAUUUUCAUCGCUCAAGUCAACGAGUACGAACUGGACUUUGGUCAGCUGGUCACCAUCAGUAUCACAGCGACAGCGGCCAGUAUCGGGGCUGCUGGGAUUCCGCAGGCGGGCCUGGUUACCAUGGUGAUCGUCUUGACCUCUGUGGGGCUGCCGCCCGCUGACAUCACACUGAUCGUGGCCAUCGACUGGGUCCUGGAUCGUUUCCGGACCAUGAUCAAUGUGUUGGGAGAUGCCCUGGCUGCAGGCAUCAUGUGCCACCUCUGUAAGAAGGACUUUGAGAGGAGGGAGUCAAACGCUAACUCUGGCCGGAGGGACACAGUGAUCUCCUUCGGUGGCCAGAGUGUCCAGAGUUGUACCCUGUCAGAGGCUCCUCUCAUGGACUAUGCCCAUCGCUGUGACUAUGUCUACGAGGUGGAAGGUGACUGUGUCACAGAGAGAUCUGGCCCCACUUACAACCUGUGUCAGGUUUAGGAGAAACCUGUUCCCUGUUACAACCUGUGACCCGUGUUACAAAGAAACCGGUCCCCGGCUGCAACCCGUAUCACAGAGAAACCGGUCCCCUUCUACAUGCUGUCACAAACAAACCCGUCCCCUGCUACAACCUGUGACCCGUGUUACAAAGAAACCGGUCCCCGGCUGCAACCCGUAUCACAGAGAAACCGGUCCCCUUCUACAUGCUGUCACAAACAAACCCGUCCCCUGCUACAACCUGUGACCCGUGUUACAAAGAAACCGGUCCCCGGCUGCAACCCGUAUCACAGAGAAACCGGUCCCCUUCUACAUGCUGUCACAAACAAACCCGUCCCCUGCUACAACCUGUGACCCGUGUUACAAAGAAACCCGUCCCCUGCUACAACCUUCGUCACAGACAAACUGUUUGGUCUGAGACACUUUCACUGGACAGACAGCAGGGGGCACUGCCCGCCUUCAACAGAGACCUUUCUAUUUACAUGAAUAUACAUAGUUGUCCUGAUAUCAAUGGCUUUGGACUGGGGAAUUACAAUGGGACUGGGAAACAACCCUGCACUGAAAGAGUUUGCAUGAUGUGCAUUUAUCAGGAGUUGACUGUGAUGUCUUCAUAAUGUUCUCUGAUGGAUCAGUUGAUGGCUGAUGGUGUGCUCACACCACUAAGUCGCUUUGGUUCGUGUCUGGUAAAUGUUCAACUUUUUACUGUCUGAUGAUCACACCUGUGCCAUGAUGAGGAAGCAGGUUUUCCUCGUCAUUUUGUGACUGGCUAUCUAGGCUACUGUAACCUACCAGUGACAGGGACUUAUACAGUAGGUCCACUAGGGUGCAUGUUAUGUCCCAGUCAGUUUUCCUUCUUUAGCUCAAUGCAGAUUCCACUCAGGACACCAUUUUGGUGCCACAAUGUACUGCAGCACAGUGCACUUUUUAGGCAACCAGGUGGCAUUAUGGACACCAUUUUGGUUCAAUGUGCUUCUGACUGUAAAGAUAGAUGACAAGCACUUUCACAGAGUUUUUUGAAACCUUGUUUGGUAUCAGAAUGGUUGUAGAUACUUGCAUGAAGAUGCGAUAUUUAGGGCAGGAGUAUUCUUACCCUAUGAGGUCCAGAGCCAGCUGGUUUUCUGUUCUACCUGAUAGUUAAAUACACCCAUCUGGUGUCCCAGGUCUAAAUCAGGCCCUGAUUAGAGGGGAACAACGAAAAAAUGCAGUGGAGCUGGCUUCCGAGGUCCAGAGUUGAGUUUGAGGGUUGUAGAGAUAUAACAGUAGUUUAACACAAAUGUGAGUGUGACUAUUGAUUAUUUAGUAAUAGUUUUUCUUUAUUUUUUUUUUUUUUAAAUAUGGUUUAAAAACUUAAAUGUUGCAUUUGCACAUUUUUCAUUUGCAGUCAGGUUUUGGAGUUGCCUUAAAAUGUUCUCAAUAACUGGUCACCAUUGCUGAGAAUGUUGCAACCAUGAAAGUGCUGAAAUUGACAGAACUUUAUACUGAAAAUGUGUUUAAAUAUAGUCAGUGACUAGGGGUAAAACCUCUCAUCGUUACCUCUGUCAACCUAAUUAUAACAAAUACAGAAUGGUUAAGUGAUAUUUCAAUGUCUUAUUGGUAGAUUUAACUGUAAUGUGCAUCUUGGACCACCUAGGAUCUAGAAGAAACUUCUCAAAAUGUUUUUAUAUACAAAUGAAAAUUACUUUGGUGUACAUGCAAGACACUUGUCUUGUACAUUGUUAUUUUCUAAUCAAAUUUGAAAUGUAAUGAUUUGAGCAUAACUUUUUCCGCCUCACAGUACACACAAUAAGCCAAAAGGACGACCCUGCUGAGCUUUAUAAAGCUUACAGAUAUUUUAUUCAAAGUAAUUGUGUGUUAGACAGGUUCUGAACAGGCCUUCAUUCAAAACCAAACGGGAAAUCAAAAUGAAUCCAUUAAAAAAGUCAAAAGGAACACACUGCAACACGAAGAAUUUACAAACAUGUAAAACUACAUACAAGUCAAAUAAAUGACGUAUUUGUGCCUCCA